UAGACCAUGUCAUCAUUCUCGUGUUAAGUUUCUUCUAAAGUCUCAAACUAAAUUUUCGAAGGAUCAAAUUUGCUCCAUCAUUUUAAAAUAUCAAUCCCUAAACACGAAGCAAUAGUAAGUGUUUGGUUUCCUUUCUACAAAAGAAAUCAUUUUAAACUGAACUACGUGGACUUUGAUCCCGACUACUCGAGCACGUUGGCAACCAAUAGGUUCGUGUCCAACUAACUUAAAACUUUUUCAUUCCCAAUAUGUACGUCAAUAAACGUAAAAUCCAACUAACAAAUUUUCUCAACAAUUUAACAUGAAAACGUUAACAUUUCAAAUCACUCAUUUUAAAACAAACUACAUGGACUUUGAUUCCUACUACUCGGGUACGUAGGCAAUCAAUAGGUUUGAGUCCAACUAACCAAAAACUCUUUCUUUGCAUUUGAGAAUUACGUCAAUAGGCGUAUGAUCAAAUUUUAUAAAUCAAAAAGUAACUAAUUAAUUGAAUUCUAUAAUUAAAUACGGAAUAAAGCCAAAUAAGAAUAAUACACCAAACUCUUAAAAACUUAUAGAUUUAAGUAGUAACAAUUUUGGGUGUUUUGGGGUGUGAAUACACUUCCCCAUAAGUAACCAUACUCCCGAACCCAGAACUCUCAAAAUUCAUAGACCAAAUCCUGGUUCUGACCCUAAGGUCGAAACCGGGCCAAAUGAGUGUUCGUUCCACUCCAAGUAAGAUCGAUGGCGGCUCCGAGCAACUCACGAUGAGUCCCCCCGAUUCCGAGGGGUGGUUGCGAUAGUGGCAACUCCGCUGGGGAAUUUGAGAGUCGAGCUACAGUAACAAAUCAAUAGGUCUUUCUUUUCUUCGCUUUUUGGGUGUUCAUUAUAUUGUUUGUACACUUAAUUUAUCAUGUAUUUAAUUAUUUGCAUUCAUUCAGAAAAGCUCUAUACCCGAGCCAUCCCUUUAGAAAGUGAAAGGAGUACCGUGACUUCUACAAUAGUAGAGGAAUAGCGCAAUACUUUCUAACCAAGUUGAACUCGAAUCCGAGGUUGAUUUGAGGUAUUUGGCUAAACUCGAUAGGGUUAUAGCCAAAUACAACUUGGAAACCAAUUCCUAGGAAAUCCUCACCCAACAUAUAGUUAGCAUAGCAGCCGCCUACAACUAUCCAAAACUUAUCCCGGGGCCUAUCCUUAAUCUUGUUGUUAAAGCCUCUAAAAACUAUAGGUUUACCUAAAUAGGAUGUGUUUAUGAUGUUGAUUCAUGUGGGCCUAUGGCAUAGUGUAUGCUUUAUCGAUUUUCCAUAAAUGACCUAAGUAGAUGUUAUGCAAAAGUUUCACAAACUCAUGGUACUAGCAUUCUUUCGUUAGUUUUUCAUUCACUCAUUUAAAAUCAUGAUGGUAAACGUACAAGCAUUCAUGCAUGCAUUCUUCAAAAGAUUCAUCUUACAUACCACAUUCAUACCAUUUAGCAUAACUAUCAUGCUUUCAUCUCAUAUAACAAUAGGAAAUAUUUUAACAAAAAUAAAUCAUGACCAAAUUUUCUCAAAAUUGAUCAUCCACAAGGAAAGUCAACCUUUGAGUAUCUAUUCCAAGGUUGUGUUAGUUCAAGAGUCAUUUCGAAAGGAAUUUGAUGACACCCAAAGAAGGUCAACAGUACUUGAAGAAGUGAAAGAGCAAGUUGGCAUGUUCACGAGGAGUUUGCCAUAUAAUACGAAGAAGAAGACAAUUAUCCAAGAGUUAACAACAACUCACUGAUUAAUCGUGGAGAUCAGUACUCAUACCAGAAGGCAAGGCUUGAUUCGAAUAUGAUGUUGACCCUCAAUGCAAAUAAAUGUCAAGAUACAACACCGCUCAACUAUUUAUCAUCAUUUCCAUUCUUCAUGAAGAAUACUAUGUUUUUUGUAUUUCCACCUACUUGGAACAUUAUAUGACUACUACCAAUCUUAAUCUAAGACUUUGCAUCAAUGAUUCUUUUUCAAAAUGUAGAAUAUCACUUCCAAAUAUGUUAAAAUCUACCUUUCUUCUGUGAAAAUGGGAACCUUAAAAUGCAUUCCAUGUUUUCAAGUUGAGUCGUGAGAUUUUCAUAUUAAGCAAGCAUAAGCACCCCACUGGUGCCAAGUGAUUAUGAACACCCUACUAGUGUCAAGAAUUUAAGCACUCUGCUAACGUUGAAAGUCUACACACUUCACUAAACUUGAGAGUAUAAACACCCCACUGGUGUCCAUGAAUAAUGUGAGCUAAAUAGUCAAAGGGUGUAACGAGGAUACGACAUCAGGCUAUUUGUAGAAGCUUGUCACUACUAUAUUCGAAAUUCUCUAUCAAAUUAUGGCGUGCGAGCAUCCAGAGGAGUUUCAGAGGUUACUGACGCCAAGGCAGUAAGACCGUGAACUCCAUACGUGAAGUGGCACGUUUUGAUCUAUGUUCACGGUCCCAGCCUGAUGUUCAUGGCCGUGAACUGGGACCUUGAACUAGGUCCGAUCUGUGUAUAAAUUGAGAGCUGAAAUGAAGAAGAAGGGAGAUCACAAAGUGAGAGAAACCUUCUUCUUCUUGAAACUCUAGAUAGAGAAAGCAUGAACCACGAGGGAGAAGAGGCUAGGGUUUGCUCCAAGUGAAAAUUUUGGAACUUCCUCUUCAAGAAAGGAUCUCUACAAGCACAGGGGGGGGGGGGGGGGGGGGGGGGGGGGGGGAGGUUGAAGGCAUCACAAUGAUGGUUUCUUUCUUCUUCUUUUGUGUUCUUCCUUUGUUUAGCAUGGAGUAGUUUCCCUUUUCACUUGGGUGUUGUAGAACCCUAACUUUUACCAUGUACUUGAUUGUGUGGAUUGAAUGAUUGUGUGAUGGCGGUGUUUAAUUUAAGAAUUGAGGUAUUUUUCAUGGUGAUUGUGCAUUUUGUGUGCUUGGCAAUCUAUUGUGCUAUUCUAACCUAGUUUAGAGAGAAUCUUAUCUUAAGAGGCUCAGAUUGAGCUAGGUUUUCUCAAGCAUUCCAUGUCUCCUAACUAGGUUAAUGAUGGGCAAACCUCUAAACUUGAAUUGGACACCUAGGUUAAUUGCGAUUAUGCCGUCCAAACCUUGGUUUGAGUGAGAAGGUAAGUCAACCCUCAAUUGCUUAUGCCAAGAGGGCUACAAUUUUAGCCUAUAAUGCUUUCCUUGGCCUAGCAAUUGAGAUGAUGGUUUCUAACCAUUGUUGCACCUCCUAUGGGUCAUUGUUGCCUUGUCACACACCGAUUCAUUCGAUCCCACAGUUCAUGGUAGUUAGUUAGAGGGAAGCAACUCCCGAGUGAAGCUUCUCACCAAGAGUUUUCCACCCUUUUACUUUUCAAGUCCUGCUUUUAAAUAGUAGAUUGUAGAGAUUUUAACAAACAAGAUUCCGCUAGAUAAUGUUUCAAACAAUUGAAGUAGGGGUACAUGGGCUGGCCCUGGUUGAUAUUUAAACAUACUUUCCCUAUAUUGCACCCAUUUAAGGUUUAUACUUGGGCCUUAAGUGAGAUUUUAUUGUGAUAUUCGGAGCCAGUCAAGUUUUUGGCGCCGUUGCUAGGGAGAUUCAGUAUGCUAUCUUGAAAAGUUUGUUUGGUGUUAAUCUAGCUUUUAAUUUAAGUUUUGCUAAGUGUGUAUUUUGCUUGUGCAAGACGUGUUGUUGUUCUUUAAGUGUGUGUAGGGAGGUGUAUGACCGAGAUCAAUCCAACGCCUUUAACACCACUAGACAAGAACAUCAAACGGACUCUCCGACUCUUGGCUCGAGAGAGGGAGUUAGCGGAAGCAAGAAGGAGAAUUGAAGAGAGGGGACAACAAGUUGAUCCCGGAUUUGGAGGAAUUGAAGUAGAAGUUGAAGUUGAGAUGGCAGAGAAUCAACAUCGAGGUGCUAAUCCACUCCAAAAGCAAAAUGAGGAAGCGGGAGUCGAGGAAGAACCGAGAGCUAUGGGCUAUUACAUGGCCCCGUGGGCGGUGGAUAUCCAAUCUCCCAUCCUACAUCCACCCGUGGCCGCCAACAACUUUGAAAUCAAGCCCGCUCUCGUCAUGAUGAUUCAAAACAACGCCUUGUUCCACAGGCUUGCCAAUGAAUCACCGCGAGAGCAUGUUCAAAGGUUUCUUGAGCUUGCGGAAAGCCUGAAGAUAAAUAGAGUCCCGAAGGAGGCAUUGCAACUGAGGUUAUUCCCCUACUCUCUUGCGGGGAAGGCGCUCCGAUGGCUCAACAACCGACCGGCUAGAUUGAUCACCUCUUGGGACGAUUUGCACAACAAGUUUAUGACCUGAUAUUAUCCUCCUUCCAAGACGGUUGAGUGGAGGAAGAAGAUCACUCACUUUGAGCAAGAGGAAGAUGAGACGUUGAGGGAUGCAUGGGAAAGAUUCUCCGACUACUUCCUCCAAUGCCCUCACCAUGGAUUCGAGGAGCGAUUUCAGAUAUAGACAUUUUAUGGCGGUCUCAUUCAGGAUGACAAGAUUCCCAUCGACUCUCUUUGCCAACGGAAUUUGAUGAACAUGACCCCAUCUCAAGUGACCGAGUUGCUCGAAGAUAUGACUCUCAAAGGAUAUGAUUGGGGCUUGACAAGGAGUGGUAAGGAAGCACCGAAAGAGGAGUGCAAAGUGUGGGAGCAAGUGCUCCACUUGAAGCAAAGCUUGAAAAGUUGAUCGAAGUGAUCCUUGAGGACAAGAAGCAAGAGAAGAGAGCGGUGAUAUGUUGUGAUUGGAGUUUAAGCAUUAAUCAUGAAAUUGCGGAUUGCCCAGCGAUGAAGGAGACAAGUACCCCCGAGGAGAAAGUGAGUUUCAUAGCCAACUCUAGAGUGACAACCCUUAUAGCAACACCUACAACCCCGGGUGGCACAAUCAUCCAAACUUCCCCUACCAAUCCAAGACCUCUCGGUUUACAAGGUCCAACGGGAAACUAUCAACCCCGACCAACUUUCAUCCAACAAAGGCCUCAAUUCCAA